AUGGUGACUAGUGUCGCUAUCAAGGUCUUCCUGCUAGCGGUCGCGUCUCUGCCGUUCACUCAGACCCAGACAAUCCGUGAUGGAAAUCAGGUCGUCGCUGCCAAUGCAACGACAGUCGCGCGUGGCGCAGUUGAAGUGUCUCCCGACUCGUCCGAUUCAGGCGUCGGCUACUUCUCGUUUGAGUCAACGCAGUUGACGCCCGAGGUCAUUGCGAACCUCACGACGUUGAACUUGACAGGCAUUGAGUAUUUCAAUUUUGGCGAUGCAUCUUCUACCACGGCGAAACUGAAAUCAGCCAGUUGCAAGGCUUUACCAGGUGAUUUCGCGUGGCCGCCGGACAUCGUAUGGUUCGUUCUUGAUUUGCUUCUUGGCGGUGGCCUCAUCAAGAGCGUCCCAGUUGCCGCGCCUUGUUACUCUGAUUGGUAUCAGUACAACCCAGACGAGUGUACGACUAUCACCUCGCAAUGGAGCUCUCCAGAAUUCCAAUCAUCUCAACCCACCGGUAUUGACUGGCCACUCUUCGAGGGUGUGACCUGCCUACCCCCAGCUCUCGGUCCCACAAAUGCAACCUGCACGCUCGGCGGCAUGCCGUCGUACAUUGUCAAUGUGACCAAUGUGGCUCAGAUCCAGCUGGCCGUCAACUUCGCUCGCAGUUUGAACCUACGUCUCAGCAUCAAAAACCAGGGCCACGACUUCAAUUCCAAAAACGUCGGCGCGGGCUCCCUCUCUGUGUGGACCAGUCAUUUGAACCAUAUCCAGUACCUCGGUCCCGAGUUCACCAUCGGCUCAUAUAGCGGUCCCUCCCUUAAGAUCGGGGCUGGAGUUGAAACGUUGCAGGUCUACGAGUUUGCCGAUAGCCUUGGCCUUGAUGUCGUUGGUGGAGUUGCAAGGACUGUCGGCCUCGGUGGUGGCUACAUCGCAGGCGGUGGCCAUUCACCUCUGAUGUCGAUGUACGGCAUGGCCGCUGACCAGGUUCUUGCCCUGGAAAUCGUCCUUCCCGACGGUCGCUUCGUCUCGGUCUCUGAGACAAGCUAUCCGGACCUAUUCUGGGCGCUCCGUGGAGGCGGUGGCAGCACCUUCGGAGUGGUGACCUCGCUCGUCAUCCGCGCGUAUCCCAAGCUACCCAUCACUACCUUGACUUUCUCGUUCGGCACCAGCCAUACUAUCACAGACUGCACCUUCUGGGAGGGUAUGUACGCCGUGUGGGCUACGUUCCCUGUCUACGCCGACGCCGGCCACUACCGCUACUGGUCCAUCUCGUGCACUUCAGAGUCCAGCUGUAGCUUCAGCAUGUCACCACACUGGGCCAAUAAUUACACCACCGCGCAGCUGCAAGAGUUCGUUGCUCCUCUGUUCGCAAACCUGACAGCACUUGGCAUGCCACCUCAGGACGUCGUUUACGCUGAGUAUGACGGCGUUUUGAACGCCUUCACCACGACCUUCCCCGCGUCCACUGAAGUGGUGGGCAGCUGGACCUAUCACACCGGCUCACGCCUGUUUCCACGUAGGAACUGGGAAAAUGAAACCAGUCUCGCCGCCCAAUCGGCCGCGCUCCGCAAUACCGCUGUUGAGGCCGGCAUGAUAUUGGGAUACAACUUCAAAGCUGCCGUCAAUCCUACUGUCAACCAGGACAACGCUGUGAACCCGGCCUGGCGCGACAUGCUCUCUCACACAAUGCUGGGCGCUGUCUGGGCGCAGUCAGCAACGCCUGAUGAUAUUGCAGCUGCCAAUCAGCUGCUGAAGAAGCGGUUGCAGACGUGGCGAGAUGUGAGUCCCGGCUCUGGCGCGUACCUAAAUGAGGCAGACAUCAACGAGCCGGAUUUCCAGCAAUCGUUCUAUGGCAGCAACUACGCGCGACUGUACUCAAUGAAGCAGCAGUAUGAUCCGUGGGGGUUGCUGUACGCUAUCACUGCGGUUGGCUCUGAGGAUUGGUAUGUCACGGGUCAGAUUCCGUACUACCCGACCCAAAAUGGAAGGUUAUGUAGAGUUGGGAGCUAA